GACGAGGAUAGAUUGACGAGGAUAGAGAGAAAGCCCUGCUGUCACUCGCUAGUUUAGUGAUUCCAGCUCCACUGAAGGCGACCGUCUUCCAUUCUCCGUCCCAUCCACCAGCUGUUUCUUCUGGGCCUGUGGGCCGCACAGUAUGAGGCAGCUACCAUGGGCUUUAAGGAAAACUUCUCGGAGAUUGAUCCUGUCACUUUGAACCUCUGCAUCCUUAUCGCCAGCUAUGUUAUCUUGCUUCUGGUGUUCCUGAUAUCUUGUAUAAUGUAUGACUGCCGGGGCAAGGAUCCAACCAAGGAGUACGCGCCGGACCCUGUGCCGACCCAAUCCCCCAUCAGACUGGUGGUGAUGCAGCAGACCACCCCUUCUCCGCAACAUCAACGCUGGGACCAGACCAAUAUGGUCACCUCAUAUGAGCCUCAGCCCAGUCCAGACUUCAGGGAGAAGAAGAGCACCAUGGUCUAGAUU